AUGGAGCAGAGCCCCCAGACCCCGCUAGGACGAGCUGGGGCGCACCCCGGGAGCCCUGCACCCUCUGUGCUCCAGGACAGCCAGUCUCUCCCAUCCAGCAGCCCUGCUAACAAGCUGGCCGUGGCCGCUGGCGACAGCACACUAAUGACAAUCGCAGGCCCGGCUGCAGCGGCCGGCCUGGCACCGGCGGACGGAACCACCUUCCCCUUCCAGGCCUCCGUGUUCAAGCGCUGCGCUCCGGGUGGGCCUGGUGGGGAUGCGCGGCUGCUCACCUCCCGCAUGGGCCGUGACUCGGAGCGGCGGUGCUGGACCCGCGAGUGUGCACUGGCCAUUCAUGUCCGCAGGGAGCACCUUUGGCCGGGAGCAGCAGAGAGCCUACGUGUCCUUAUGCGUCCCAGAGCAGCGGGGCCACGCUGGGCUGAGUGGCAGCUGGAGGCUGUCUCCCAGCUCCUCCAGUGUUACAAGUGGAGCUUUGGCCCUGGAGAGGCCGUGGCCACCUUGGGGAAGGGUCAAGGCCACAGCUCGGCGUGCAGCUUCUCCCAGCCGCAGAGGUGGAGACAAGGAGUAGGCAGCACAGGGAUCACUCACGGCCAUCCUGUUAGCCAGCUCGGCUGCUGUAACAAAAACCGCAGCCUGGGCCGUGCCAGCAGCAGACAUCAGUCUCCCCUGCAUCUGGAGGCCAGGCGUCUGGGAUCGAGAUGCCCGCAGACUUGUCUCCUGGUGAGGACUCCGCUCCUGGCUCGUGGACGGCCACUGUCUCCCUGGGUCACUCACCGCUCAGACGAUGUGGAGGGCGAGCGCUGGUCUCUCCUCCUCUUCUGCCCGCCUGCCUCCUGGCUCCAGGCUGACCGCCUCGGCCCUCCCUCCAGCCAGCACCAGAGUCGCCCUCUCGAGCCCCUGCCUGAAUCUGAGGCCCCCGCAGCACCUGGAGAGCAAGUGUCUCCUUCAGCCUUGCCCCCCAGGCCCCGCGCUAGCCUGGCCCUAGACCCAGACCCCGCAGACGUGUGCCCCGGUGGUCCCUGCUCCCAGGAGCCCAGCCGCACUCCAGCCCGGCCAACCCGGCCCUCAACGCCUCCUGCCCCCACCCCCCCGCCGGUCCCCCAUGCACAGAGCCUCUCCUGGUUCCUGUGGCUCAGCCUGCCUUUUCUGACCUCCGGGGCUCGCAGGGGACACCCCUCUGGGCCCCCUUCCCCCAAGGCCCCCUCCUGUGUUGUCCAUUGUAUCUGCUUGUCUCUCUCCCACCCCAGAUGCCCAGAAACCUAGGGAGUGCCUAGCACCCCCCAAAUGGGCAAAGAGCACCCAGUGAAGAGACAAGGAGACCAAAGGUAACUCCAAGGCCUCAGGGCCCAUCCGGGGCCGGGUCUCUUCCCCAGGAAGGCUAUCAGGCAGCUCAGCUCUCUUUUCCUGGGAGAGACAGCUGUCAAAGAGAGCACACGGUCUGAGCCCCCAUUUUUUACGGAGGAAAACUGAGGUCCAGAAAGAGGAAGCCUUGUGAUGGAGGGACCAGGCCUGGACUUGGCCCUUAGAGUCUGAUGGGGUGUUUCCUCGACCCCACUGCUGGGCUUAGCGAGGCCCCGGGGGUGGCAGCAAGGCCAGCGUGGUCAGAGGGACAUAUAGGGUCAGAGGUCAGGGGUCAGGGUGGCCAGUGCCCUCACUGGGGCUUCCAGUUAGGGAAGGGCCGUGACCAAGCAGAGGGACGUUGAUUGUGCACCUACUGUGUGCAUCCAUUCACUUCCCCGGAAGCCCAGAGUCCAGCCAGGGGGCGGGAUGGGGGCUGAGGAAUCGGCUCAGGGUCCUGCAGACCCCACCGGAGUCUUGCGGACAGCACCCCGAUGCAUGCACAGCGCAGGCCACUCAGGGGCGCGUGGCCGUCAGGCCCGACUCGGGGGCGCAGUAGAAGCCCCGGAAGGACACUGCACCCGUCUGGGGCUGCCCCGCCCCCUGUCCGUGGACACAGGCGUUGUCCUGGGUCUCGGGUGAGGUGACACCAUGAGCAAGCGUCCUCUGUGCCCCGCAAUGCUGGGGGCGUCCAGGUCAGGAGGAAAGCUGUCCGCCCCGCAGCGCCGGCUGCGGAACCUGCGGGGUCCAAUGCAAAUCGCUGAUGCGGGGCCCUUGAUCAGCAACGGGGGACGUUCUCAAGGCGGCCACAGCAGAGCAGAACCAAGGGCAAGGCCCGCCCAGGACAGUGGGGGGACAGCCAGGGGCGUCUCGGGAGGGGCCUGGCAUCAGGAGUGUGAGCAGGACAGGCGGGCUAGGGAGGGGGGCGGAGGCGGCUCUGCCUGGAGCCUGGGGGCGCCCAGCGAGGGGUGUGCAAAAAGAGAGGGGGGAGGCACAGCCUGGGGGGCUUGAGCCCCUCAUCCUACGGGCCUGCGACCCCAGGCAGUUCUUAAGCAGGGAGUGGAGAAAAUGAGAGUCUCGUGUGGAGGAGAGUCGGCCAGCGAGCUGGGAGGCAGAGUCAUGUCCCCCCACCUCCUGGGCCACGUCAUUCAGGUGAGCCCCCGACCCCCGCCCCCCUCCAGACUCCAGGGACCCUGUCCUUGAUCGUGUUUGCUUGGCAGGGAGGACCUGCAGCCCAGAACAGCCCUGAAAAGAGGGGGCACCCAACUGGGGGUCCUGACCUGACGGUGAGCGCUUGGGACCAGCUCCCAGAAAAACGCCACCCACACCGCUGGCUGUCUGGCCCUCAGAGGCCCACCCUGCACCCCCGAGACCCCUCAUGCUGCCCCUGGCUGUCCCCUCGGCAGGCGGCGAGUGGCCUGGCAUCCUGACUCCCUCACCCCUCACUUCCCAGGGGAGCUGCACAUGCCGGGAGCCCACAGGGGACACAAGGUAACGGCCUUGGAAAUAACCAAAUAAACCAUGCUGGAAGAAAGAUAAAUGAGUUGGAGGAUAUAACGAAAGAAGUCACCAUUGAAUUCACACAGAGACUUGCAAUGAGAGCUACAAAACAGCGAUUUAGUUUUUAAUCAAAAUGAGAAGAUAUAUAAAAUAUCUCUUCAACUGAAAAAUUAUAAAUGUGCAAACAUCUUGAGUCAAGUAAAAUAUUUUAAUACAUAUAUUAAGAAAAUAACAAAGCAACUAUAC